CCAGUACCACUACCGCUUCCACCACGCCUUCUUUCCACAAGUCUCUUGCUCGGAUCCCGAGCUCGCUCCGGCUCUCGAAGAAGAAAUCGAAAGUGGCCUUGCAUCAACUCCAGUCCAGUUUCGGAGAAUCGUCCAGUUCGAAUUCUAGCGAUGCAGAGAACACGAUUCACGCCCCUGUCAUCCCACCUGUACCCGCCCUUCCCACCGGGCUCAACAAGUUCACUACCGCCGGACGAGCCAGUCGCGACAGGACGACGCCUUUCGUCAUGGUUGAUGCUAGUGCGAGCGAGACUGAAGCGGAGGGUACGGAUGUCGAGACGCAUGUGGCGAGGACGGUGCGUGCGGGACAGGGAUACAUGAUUGGUUCGGGACCGCGGGCGCCGGAGGGGGAGAGGUGGGUCGGGGAGUGGAACGUGAAGGAUAUUUCGAGCGUGCAAAGUGCGUUGAGGAGGCUGAAGUGAGUUUGUGGAGUGGGGCCGCUGUCGUCGAGAUCCGUUGUUCCCUUUUUGGUCAUGCUUGCUUGGACUUUUCGUCGUCGUUCUGGCGGCCGCUUUUUCCGUUUGUUUGGUAUCUUUCUUCCUCAGUCUCAUCUUCCGUCUUCCAUCUUCCAUCAUCGUUCUCAGCAUCGUUCUCGACACAUCAUUCCAUCUCCACUCCGUUGUAUUGUUGUUUGCCGUUGCAUUCUCCUGACCCUGUAUUAUGCCCUUCCUCUCGCCUCCAGCAUCCAUCCCAUCUUCCCAAAUACACUACUACGCAUACUUUAAUUUGCUCAAUUUUCUCUAUUGCCUUCUCGUUCUUCCUCCUUUGGUUCCUACUCCUGCUUCCUCCAUCUCGUCUCAAAACUGUAGCUCUGGCCUAGCUCUGCCUUCGCGUCCUUGGACUCUCG